CUCUUUUCCUUCCCUCCAUCCAUUAAAUCUCCUGGUGGUAACCUAUUGAUGUGGCGCCUCCAUGUGGUGGUGCAAACUUUUAGCCCUGCAGGCUGCAGAGCAGCUGCCACAGCAGCCUGUAACCUGAGCUUCAAACAUGAAGGUCUCUAGGGGUUUCUGGAUAUCUCUGGGGGACUCUGGAUGUCUUCAGGUGUCUCUGGGGGACUCUGGAUGUCUUCAGGUGUCUCUGGGGGACUCUGGAUGUCUUCAGGUGUGUCUGGGUGUCUUUAGGUGUCUCUGGGGGACUCUGGAUUUCUUCAGGUCUCUCUGGGUGUCUUCAGAUUGUACUACCGAGCAGCGCCCCGUUGUUCUCUGUGUGUGGAUGGAGGCUACAAAGGAGGCAGGCAGCGGCGCACAAGUCCCGCCUGUAUCCCCCUCUGGAAGAGGCUCAGUGUCGGCGCUCCCGACUGGGGAUUGGAGCGGCGGCUUGUCAGUAAAUUAGCCCACCCUUCAUCAGUGUGUAUGAGGGAAACCGAGCCAGACAGUGACGGAUCUGAUCCCCCCUCCAGUCGUCAGCUGCCUGUCACACCAGCACCACCACCACAGUACCGACCCGGAGCCACACAUCCGCCCGCCCGCCGCGCUGUGACACCUGGCCGGGGAUGGAGGGAGAGAUGCAGCCCGCGGAUGAAGGGCCGUGCGCCCCGAAGAUGUGCCGACAACAGCGGGGUCCGUACAGCAGCCUGAAGCCCUUCCAGAGCAAGCGCUCUGCGGGCAAGUCGCGCUUUGACAGGUCCGCUGUGGUCGAGCUGCCGCUGUUUGGAGACGGGCAUCACUUCACCUUCCACCCGGAGCAGCCUCAUCAUUUCCAGCCGCACCACCACCACCAACACCACCAGCACCACCAGCAGCAGCAGCAACAGCAGCAGCAGCGUCUGCAGCAGCUCCACCAAACCAGCGUCGCUACCAGCAGCAGCCAGCAGCAUCACCAGACGCCUCAGCAGCAGCAGCAGCAGCAGCAGCAGCAUCGUCUCCCCUGUGAGAGCAGGCCCAGCAGCAGGGUCCCGACAUCCACCUCAGCGCCGGCGGCCAGCGUGGCGGCGGCGGCAGCGGCAUCUCCUGGUGCCCAGCAGCGGCGCGGCAGCAGGUUCUCCCCAGACUGCACCUACAGCAUCAGCUCAGAGAAUCGUCUCAUCCUGGAUGCCUUCGCCCAGCAGUGCAGCCGAGUCCUCAGCCUCCUCAACAACGGCCGCCUUCUGGACUCCUCCUCCUCCUCUUCCUCCUCCUUCACCUCCAACAUCAAGCUGGAGGACGGGUCGGGGGAGAUUCAGGGGCUUCACUGCUCCUCACUGGGGAAGUCCAAACCUGAAGAGAGCUCUUCCACCACGGACCCGGAGGACGACGCCCAACAAAGCCAUGUGAGCCAACAACAGACCUCUGCCGUUCUCCGCAUCUUCACGGACUCCCUACAGAACUAUUUGCUCUCAGGGCCUCAGCAGCAGCAGCAGCAGCACCUGGCUGUGGGUCUGGAGGACGAGCAGUGUCCGUCGGCCGACCCGGGAUCAGGAGUGUCUCCUCCGAGCCACAACCUGGGCGGCUGGGGCUCGCCGACUCCGUCAGAGUCGUACGGCCACCCGUCGUCCACGCUGCCCGAGGAAGAAGAGGAGGAGGAGAACUGCUGUCCACGCUGCCUGGAGUUGGAGCAGGAGGUGCUGUCUCUGCAGCAGGAGAACGAGGAGCUCCGCAACAAGCUGGAGAACAUCCCAGCUCCCUGUCAAAAUGUUCUCGACUACUUCAAGACUGUUCUGGAGUUUCACAACCAGCUGGUCCAGCCGAUGCCGGAGGAGCAGCUCACCGAGGAAGAAGAGCGGCAGACAGUGUUUGAGGGCAGCAAACAGCUCCUGGAGAACUACCCUCUCUUCAUCACUAACAAGCAGUGGGACGAAGCUGUCAACUCCUCUAAGAAAGACGGCAGGCGGCUGCUGCGCUACCUGAUUCGCUACGUCUUCACCACAGAUGAGCUCAAGUUCUCCUGUGGUUUGGGCAAAAGGAAGCGUUCAGUCCACUCAGGAGAUCCAGGCCUGGAGAGACGACCGCUCAACCCUGUUAAAGUCAGCUGCCUCAGAGAGUUUAUCCGGAUGCACUGUGCCUCAAACCCAGACUGGUGGAUGCCGUCGGAGGAGCAGAUCAACAAAGUGUUCAGCGACGCCGUCGGUCACGCUCGCCAGGGCCGAGCGGUCGGCACGUUCCUGUGCAGCAGCGGCAGCAGCACCAGCAGCCUCUACAUGGACAGCUUCGAUCACCUGUCGCAGGACGAACUGUAUCUGAAAGGCUGCCAGAACGGCCAGUCGGACUGAAGCUGGAGGAGGAACUGAAAAGACGAAUGCCGCAAAUGUAGCUGUACAACAACAUAUCCCAAAACACUGACCUUAUCCUGUCACUUUACAGAGUGAAGAAAACAUUCCAAGUUUAUCAAACACGAUAUAAAAACAGUCUCUCAGAAGCAGGUUCUCUUUUUAGUUUCGUAGCUUUCUGUCAUUUUUAUACUCAAGAUUUUGUUCAGUCAGAGUUUGACUCUAAAGGAUGUUUUAAACUAAAAUUUGAGUCUUCCAUUUGCUACUUUUUCUAGUGUUUGUUGUCUUAUUUUCACUAUCAAACAAAUAUUUCUGGGUUGCAGUUUUACAAAUAUUCCUUGAGGUCAUCAGGAAGAAAUUUUGUGUUAACGUUGCCCAAGUUAGUGACUUUUAUUCUCUCCAUCCACGGAAAAGUAGCAUUUAACGUUUCACGCAAAAGUCCUGCGUCAUUGGCGAAAGCACCUUUACUUGCGACCCUUCUACAGGAGUGCCUCUGAGAAACUCGUGUUUUGUUACCUGUCUUGCACUUUGCAGCCCUGUUUUUUCUGUUAUUUUUUUAUUAUUUGAAUCAGUUCUGAUGUGUCUAGUUUUAAAUUCUGGAAAAAAGGAAAAGUGCAUUCAAAAAUUAAAAGUCUUUCCAGAGUGCUCAAAUGCAGCUUCUCUUGGGUUGAAAGACGUCAACACAGCUCGUCCGGCUGAAAAUGUGUCUCUAUAAAAUUAGCUCUUCAGAAAAAAACAAAUUUACUUCCAAAGUGUUUUUCCUCGUGUUUACUUGCAGAAGUUACCACAUGAGGUCUCCUAAAUUUUAUAUUCUAUUUCUGUCCUAAUAAUUAAAAAGUAGACGUUUCUUUUUUUUAUUCUAACGUUUGCAGUAUCGUGUAAAUCUAAGUAUUUGCUCCGUCGUAGAUUAUUUUAUUCCUCCCGACACAAAAAAGUCUUGUAUUAAUCCAACUGCCAAGAUCAUUUGAUAGAUUUUGCAUCCAGUUUUUCAGCAGUUAGACGACAUUUUGACUCAGAACUUUUAUUUAAAGGAGAAGUUCACCCACAUUGUCGACAUCACAGAAAAAAAAAUAAUCUAAUUUUGGUCUUUGAUUACGUCAGACGAGCUGUACGGAUCCAUUCCGUGUUUUUCAUUUCAUAUGUUUAGGUUUUAAAACAAGUCCCCGUCUACUUCAGUCGUGGUGAAUAACUAAGUAUAUUUACUCAACUUCUGAUCCUGAGAACUUACUUGCUUACUUACUUUUAAUUCAAUUUUGAAGUACUUUUACUUUGCUUGAGUAUUUCUAUCUUACAGUGGUGGACUGUGUUUUGGGUGAACUGUUCCUUUAAGGCCACAUAAUAAUGCCUUAAACUUGAUUCAAGACUUCCACAUAACUGUUAUCACGGAACACUAAAUAUACAUUACUGAAUAAUCUUUCAACCCAAGUGGAAUUAAUCGAGCACCUUUUUUCUCUCUGAAGCUCUUAUUUGCACUUUUUACGCGUCUCUUUGUGGCCGAAACUCGUCUUCAAACUGAUCUGAACCAUUUCUGUUCUUUACCUACGUAUUUAUUUGUUUUUGGUACUCUGUAACUUCACCUCCAGAAACACUGUUUUCUACGUUUUGAAUGUACCAGAUUUAUUAGGUCGGUUUGCCACGUGCUGUGUAAAUGUGUAAUAUAAAGUACAGUAUUGUGUGAGGUGUCUCUCUCUCUCUCUCUCUCUCUUAAGAAGCCAAGUAGAAAAGUGCCACAGAAACCUUAAACCAGUCGGAUUCUGUCGUUGUGUUGCUGUUCUGAAUGUGAGCGUUUCUUUGUAUUUACCCUCAACGUGGCUGUUUAUCAACACUGUGAAACACCAGUAGGAUUUUUACAAAUCUGAGAGCUUCUGUUGGUUUUUAUUUAUAAUAAAUAAAGUCAGCAGUGAAGCUGAGAACUUA